AUGGAGAAGGCCCAGAACGGAGAUGCGAAGGAAGAAUCCAAGGACUCUAUUGGUGGCUACGAUUCACUUCACCGUCUUCUCAAGGAUAAUCUUAACCCUCACCACUUUCAGGAAGUUAGCCGUUUGCUUACUGGGCUUAAUUGUGGAAAAGCAGUUCAAACAAUUGCUCUCCCUGAAUCUGCAACUGCCCUCUCUGUGGAGCAUGGUUUUGAUCUCCAGGCCUUUUCCUUUUCUGCCGACAAAGAAAUAUUAAGGGAACCUCGAGUAGUGAGGGUUGGUUUGAUUCAGAACUCCAUUGCCCUUCCAACCACUGCUCACUUUGCAGACCAAAAGAAGGCUAUCUUUGAGAAACUAAAACCAAUAAUUGAAGCUGCUGGUUCUUCUGGAGUCAACAUAUUAUGCUUACAAGAAGCAUGGAUGAUGCCAUUUGCUUUUUGCACCCGGGAGAAGAGAUGGUGUGAAUUUGCAGAACCUGUUGAUGGAGAAUCAACAAAAUUUUUACAAAGCUUUGCACUGAAAUAUAACAUGGUGAUCAUAAGUUCAAUUCUUGAGAGGGAUAUUAAGCAUGGAGAGGUUAUAUGGAACACCUCCGUUGUAAUUGGAAAUCACGGCAAUAUAAUUGGGAAACACAGGAAGAACCAUAUACCUAGAGUUGGGGACUUCAACGAGAGCACAUAUUAUAUGGAAGGAAAUACUGGCCACCCUGUAUUUGAAACAGCAUUUGGAAAGAUUGCCAUUAAUAUAUGUUAUGGCAGGCACCAUCCUUUAAAUUGGUUAGCCUUUGGAUUGAAUGGUGCGGAUAUUGUUUUCAACCCUUCUGCCACUGUUGGUGAACUCAGCGAACCAAUGUGGCCAAUAGAGGUUAGUCGCUUUCAUAAUAGUACAUGGUUUGAAAGUGUCUUUGUUUGUCAGGCACGUAAUGCUGCAAUAGCCAAUAGUUACUUUGUUGCUUCAAUCAAUCGCGUUGGGACUGAGACAUUCCCCAAUCCAUUUACUUCUGGGGAUGGAAAGCCAGCACAUGCAGAUUUUGGGCACUUUUAUGGGUCCAGUUAUGUUUCAGCACCUGAUGCAUCAUGCACCCCAUCUCUAUCUCGUACCAGGGAUGGCCUUUUAAUAACAGACAUGGACCUUAACUUGUGUAGACAGGUGAAGGACAGGUGGGGUUUCAGAAUGACUUCAAGGUACGAGUUAUAUGCAGAUACACUCGCCCGCUAUGUGAAACCAGAGUUUGAGCCACAAGUUAUAAGUGACCCCUUGUUGCAUAGGAAGUCCUCGUAA